AAAAAAACAUAACUUAUGCUAGUAACUAAUACAAACAUUACUAAUGCAGAUAUUAUUGAUAUUGAUACACGAUAUUUUGCACUAGUCCUACACACCCUACCAAACGAACCCUUAAUAGCUUGUUUUCGGUAUUUAGUGAGUAAGCUGAAAAUAUUGGGACUCAACAGCAGUUAUAUACUCUCCUCAUUCACUUUUGUUCGUCACAUUUUACUUCACAAGAGUCAAUGUGACUAGUAUGCAAAAUUAACUUGAAUUAAACUAACUUUAGAGUCUAAAUUUAAAAUAUAGAUGUUUAAAAACUAUACGAAAAAUAUUGUAAGUUGAAAUAUUAUAUGAGUAGGAAUACGUCUUAAAAUAUUGCUCAAAGUUCACGUUUUUUGGCACUAGAAAAGCCAAAUGUGACAAGUAGGCAACCAGUAUGAGGUUGGAGUAAGGGGUGUGGAGGUGUUGGAGGUGUUGAGGCGGGGUAAGGGGCGCGGAGGUGUGUCGUGUUGUGUUGGGAGAAUGUGGAGGGAGGGGAUGGCAUCCCACUUGUGGCACAACUCCAAAUACUAUUGUAAAGAUUGAAGCUGAAAAUGUGAUUACUUUAAAAAUGGUUAAACGGGCUAAUUCAUGCAUCGUUUUUAUCGAACUAUGUCUUCUUUCAUAACUAACAUUUGUAAAGCAGGUCAGAAUUUAUAGAAUGUUCUGCAAAAUUUUACCACAGAGCACCCGGGGUUAUUCCCGGUACUUCACCUCAAGGACAGUGGGAAAUUGGGACCUAAAAACUGCGGUGAACACUUGGAACAAGCCAAAAAUGAUUUCCCGGUUUGUAAAUGUGGAUUCGAUAUGUUGGAUGCUGGCUUUUUUAAUGAUUGUAAGAAGCUUGAAAUACAAAAGGGCGCGAAAGACUUUAACCUUCCUGUAAUAAGAUCGAACCGGAAAUUAGUCGGUAAUGUGAACGGAGGUUUGCAUAACCUUUCUCCUUUAGUUUUCAAUUCUGCAUGGAAAUCCCAAGACGCAAAGCAAAUAACGGGCAAGUUCAAUUACCCUGUAUCCUCUGGUAUUCAAAGGCCAAAAAAUGAUGAGGAUAUUGCCUUCAUGAGUAUUCUUGAACUCGGACAACUUGUCAAGGCAAAACUGAUUACAUCCGAGGAACUAACUGCAAUUUUUCUGAACAGAUUAAAAAGGUAUGGUCCUGUUCUCGAAUCUGUUAUCACAAUUACGGAAGAAUUAGCAUAUAAACAAGCAAAAGAGGCUGAUCAGCUGCUUGCAGAAGGCAGAUAUUUGGGUCCUCUUCAUGGGAUUCCGUAUGGUCUAAAGGACAUUAUUGCAGUACCAAACUAUCCCACGACAUGGGGUUCCAAAUCUUUCAAAGAUCAAGUUCUUGAUGUUGAAGCUUGGGUUUAUAAGAGGCUGAAAUCUGCUGGUGCAGUUCUUGUUGCAAAAUUAGUCUCUGGUUCUUUAGCUUAUGAUGAUAUCUGGUUUGGUGGUAGAACGAGAAACCCCUGGAAUAUUGAAGAAUUUUCUACUGGUUCAUCGGCAGGGCCAGCUUCCUGCACCUCAGCAGGUAUAGUUCCAUUUGCAAUUGGUUCAGAAACUGUUGGAUCUAUCACCUACCCAGCCUCUAGGUGUGGUGUUACUGCAUUACGGCCCACAUUUGGAGCUGUUGGUCGUACUGGAGUUAUGAGCAUAUCCGAAAGCUUGGACAAACUAGGCCCCCUUUGCAGAAGUGCAGCAGACUGCGCCGUUGUUCUCGAUGCCAUACGGGGAAAGGACCCAGAUGAUCUUUCAUCCAGGGACAUCAUGUUGGGUGAUCCAUUUUCAGUUGACAUUACAAAACUCACUGUUGGAUAUCUUGAAGACGCUGAUAAGGAAGUUGUUGAUGUACUUAAAUCAAAGGGAGUGAAUAUGGUUCCAUUUAAUCCAGAUUACACUGUUGACAGUGCUCAAGGCAUCGUCAGCUUCACUAUGGAUGUUGACAUGCUAGCACAUUUUGAUGAGUGGCAGCGCUCGAACCGGGAUGAUGAAUUUGAAGCUCAAGACCAAUGGCCUCUUGAACUUCGUCGUGCCCGAGUAAUAUCUGCUGUAGACUAUAUUCAGGCACAGAGAAGUCGAAGCAAAUUGAUUCAGGAAGUUAAAGAAAACUUCAAAGUUGACGCAUUUAUUGGAGAUGCAAGUGACUGGGAGAAAGUUUGUGUGGGCAAUCUCGUGGGUAUGCCAAUAGUGGUGCUCCCAACAGGUUUUAAGAAGAUACCCAAUGCACCGUCUGAUGAUACUCGCAGGAAGACAACAAUAACUACAGGCAUUUAUGCUCCUCCUGACCAUGAUCAUGUUGCUUUGGCAUUGGCUGUGACGUAUCAGUCGGUGACCAAUCAUCAUAAGCAGCGCCCUCCAGCUGACAACAUUGGGCCAAAUGAUUCGAUUCCAAACCCACCCAUUUCCAUUGUACACGCAAGACAACUACGUGGUUAUUAAUCUCUGUAAUGACACUAUGCAUUGUCCUUUUAACUUAUUAUAGAGGUGUAGUGCUAGUCGCAAUUGUCAAAAAUACAAAAUUUUGAAUCAUCAUUUACUCUUUAGUUACAAAUUUGUUGGGUUCACUUGCUCUGAAUGGAAAAUGGAGGACACAACCUUUGAAGAAAAGACAUAUUGUUUUGGAAAAUGUAUGACUGUUUAGAUAAUUAUGUCUGUUCAGAAAAAAGACACAACAUGU